AUGUGUGCACUGUUAGGAAACCCUGAAAGCAGAUGCGAUAACACUAUUCUGCCAUGCUUGACCGCCCGUACCUCCCUCGCCAUCGAGCUCCGAGACCUGCCAGUCUUGCUCGGUCACUUCCUCCUAACUGACGAAAGCUUUACAUACCCCGAGAUUCAUCUCAAACUUGCAUUGGAGGCCCAGAUAGCCUCUGUCACCCAAAGCUCUCGCCCCUUGAGCAACACCCAUCCCGAACGGGAAUUUUCGUCUUUCGCGCGACAACGGCAAAGCGAUUACUGCGAUGUCUACCUCACCCACGACUCGAUGAGCGUGCGCAAGGCGCACAACUCAGGCCGUAACCACCUGAGAAACGUCGUCGAAUACUAUCAACAAAUUGGUCAAGAGAAAGCCCAAUCCGUCAUUGACUCGAUCACCUCAUCCUACGCCGCUGAGGGCCAACCUCUCCCCAAUCCCGCAAUGGUCCCUGGUGCUUUCCCGCCGCCCUUCGGCUUCCCUGGUAUGGAGCUACACUCUCACUUCACUCACCAACCCAUGACUUACAAUAUUCAAGGUCGACCGGGACAAAUGCCCCCUCCUCCCUUCGGAAUCCCACCUCCAGGAGCCCCCGGCGCACCUGGCAUGCUACCUCCCCCCGGCGCCCACGGUGGCCUCCCCUUCCCGCCACCCUUCAACGCAGCAGGUACACCCCCAACAGGCGGCUUCCCCCCGCCUCUCCCCAACAUGCCCCAAGGCGCAGGCCUGCCCCCUCCACCUCCAGGCGGCUUCCCCAACAUGCCUUUCCCACCUCCUGGUGGAGCAGGAUUCCCGCCUAUGCCGGGUGCCCCGAUGGGAGCUACGCAUUCGCCUAUUCCCACUGGCCCCCGUGGCUCCGAGGGGUACCCUCCUCCCUCCGGUGGUGGGCCUCCUUCUGGCAUGGAUUCUAGGUGGUGA